UAAUAGAUAAAUAAGGUUUGUGCCUGGCGGAGAAAAGAAGGAUGAAAAGUGCGAAGAUAGGAAUAGAUUAUCGCGAAACCACUUGUUUCGAUAGGACAAAAGUACACGUUCGGAGGGGAAGAUCGAUGGAACGGUAAUCUGGUAAGGUGAACGACUCUCGAUGCCGGUGUGUGUUUUGCGGAGGCAUGCGAAGGGUGGCUGUGCUUCGAUCGUGGCGUGGAAAUCAAAAGAGGAAGAGAAAGGAAGAGGGCGAGAGAUAGAGAGAAGGAAGGACAGAGGCGGAGAAGCGAAGAGACACGAGGACCGGCUCUGUGUCACUAGGUCGCGAUGAAACGGGGCUGCACAUGCGUGGUCCAUUUUGCGCCAACCUCCGGACCGCCUCGGGAGCCGAGGAAUGCCAAGUACCCAGAGAUACGGAGGCUGGUGUUAUCGGCGUGCAAAGAGAAGCGAAAGAUAAAUAGUUUCUGGCAGCUCGAUGUCGAGGUGCAAGGACCUAUCGAGAUGACGUCCUCUUCUACCUGCUGACGUAAUUCCGGAGGAUGCAUCGCAGGAUGUGGCUGCAGCAGACGUUCCUCUUGCUGCAGAUGGUUCACCUGAUCGCUUGGGCCAGUCUCGAGAAUACAGGGCUGUCUGACAGAUUAGAAAAUGUGACGCAAACUAUAUCGCGGAUCCUCGAUGGUUACGAUAUUCGAUUGAGGCCAAAUUUCGGCGGAGAUCCCCUGUUGGUUGGCAUGGACCUGACGAUCGCGAGCUUCGAUGCAAUCUCGGAAGUAAACAUGGAUUAUACGAUAACGAUGUAUUUAAAUCAGUAUUGGAAGGACGAGAGACUGGCGUUUUCUCAAGAAGAGGAGGUUCUCACUCUCAGUGGAGAUUUUGCGGAAAAGAUUUGGGUUCCAGACACGUUUUUCGCCAACGACAAAAACAGUUUCCUACACGACGUGACCGAGCGCAAUAAACUCGUUCGGUUGUCCGGAGACGGAUCUGUCACUUACGGCAUGAGAUUCACGACGACCCUGGCCUGCAUGAUGGAUCUGCACUACUAUCCGCUCGAUUCGCAGAACUGCACCGUAGAGAUCGAAAGCUACGGAUACACCGUGCUGGACGUGGUAAUGUAUUGGAAACAAACGCCGGUCCGUGGCGUGGAAGAAGCGGAACUGCCACAAUUCACGAUAAUCGGUUACGAAACGAACGAUCGCAAAGAGAGGCUGGCCACCGGUAUAUACCAGAGAUUAUCGUUGAGCUUCAAACUUCAAAGGAACAUCGGAUACUUCGUUUUCCAGACCUAUUUACCUAGUAUCUUGAUCGUGAUGCUAAGCUGGGUCAGUUUUUGGAUAAAUCACGAAGCAACCAGCGCUAGAGUAGCUCUCGGUAUAACGACAGUACUUACAAUGACCACGAUAUCCACGGGUGUACGUAGUUCACUGCCACGUAUCAGCUACGUGAAAGCUAUCGACAUUUACUUAGUAAUGUGUUUCGUUUUCGUGUUCGCUGCUCUCCUCGAGUAUGCGGCGGUCAAUUACACUUAUUGGGGCGCCAGAGCCAAAAAGAAGACGAAAAAGAAAGAAACCGACGACAAGAAAGUAAUUUCCUCGAAAUCGGGAAGCAAGGCAAGUUCUCCUUUUCCUGGCUCGACGGAAGCGGACAUAAUAGAGCUUCAAGAUCUCAGAAUGUCUCCCCUGCCAAGCAUAAGAAACAGAUCGGGCCUAGUUAGUAGUAGUUCGACGCCUGGAACCGGAAGAGAACACGAUCCGGCCAAGUUUCCUCCUAGCUUUCGAAUUUCCAGAGUCGCGGCCUACAACACGUAUGGGAGAAACGCUGGCCUCAGAUACAGAGGCCCUAAACAACAUAAACCUAAGGUAUUACACGCGAUACGGAGAGGAGCGUCCGUAUUGCGCGUGUCGAUGCCAAAGAUCAAAGACGUGAACAUUAUCGACAAAUACUCGAGAAUUAUAUUUCCAGUCAGUUUUAUGCUGUUCAAUGCCAUUUACUGGGUAUUCUAUUUCCUCUGAGCCUAGCCGUCGCAACAGUCUCGUGCCAUCUGCCGUACGAAGAAAGAUUAAAAAAAAAAAAAAAAAAGAAAGGACCAAUCCGUAAUCGAGAAUUUCCAAGAAUCUCAAUGAAAAGGAAAUCAAUUCUAUUUGAACUUGAAUGAAAUUUUGAAAUUAGAUGCCGAAUGGAGUCGACGUUCGGGCCACGAUUGAAAUCGAAAUCUUCGUCAUUUUCAAUCGAAGGGAGCAGGUAUCGAAAGUACUGAAUCGAAAGCUGCCAAUAUUUAUCGACGAGGAAAUAUUUUCAAGGUAUAUCGAUUUAUAAUCUUGAGACAUAAUAAUAUUUUAGAAAAUACGUUCCUAUUCGAUAUUUCAAUUCGAAUGGAUUGCAGUGCGCGGUGCAAAUGGUACUGUUAUUCGAGAAUGUUUUUAAAUAACGUCAGCUGGAAAGAUCAUUUAAAAAUCGAUAACUUUUUUUUACCUGUCAUUUACAAAUCAAGCAAUUAACGGUUCGUCUAAACCAAAUUGAGAUUGCAACGAAAGCCAGAGACCGUAUUUCGAAGUUUCAAAAAUCGUUAACUCCCGUAAUUGUUGCUGGUAUCGGUAUCUGACGGUGUUUCCACCCAAAUCGAGAAAAGUCGUUAAAUCAACAAAAAUCGUUCGAAACGAGAGAAGCAUAAAUUUUAGAAGCAUAUAUCAUAAAUUAGAGUAGUUCUCGAUUAAAACUACUAAUUAUCAUUACUGUAGGUAAAGGAUAAUGCCACUGUUGUCGAUAAUGUCGGUAUUUUCCAAAGCGUGUCUCGUACGUGUUAUCAUACGAGGUUAUCUUAAAACUAUAUACAGUGGGACUCCGUUCGUAUGAACUUGCAGAGGGACGAGUUGGUUCGGAUAACCUAGAUAUUUUAUGUAAUAAUCGUCUUUCGUUCCGUCGACGAGAUAAACGUUUUAUGGAUUAAUAGGAUUAAUAUAGAUUCCAAAAAUUUGCUCCUGCUACAAAUUUGUAUCGACUACGAAGCACGAGAGCGUGCCACACAGCGCGUGUGCCCAAAGUUGGAUCCCGUAUGUCCAUAUAGACUUUUUACGAUCGAUUGUACAGCGACAGUUUGUUUUUAGACGAUGGUUUGGAAAAUCUACUGGUAGAUUGGUGCUUGUCUUUCCUCUUGAGUCUAAUUUGCUCUACCUUUUUGCGAAUUGUAUCUUGUCGUUAGACGUCGGUAAAAGUCGAUCGACACUCGACGAUGGUUGAGACGAUAGGAGCCUCGGUUAAAGUUCGGUUAGCCAGGAGCUGCUACAAUUUCAUGUAUAUAAACGGAGUUCCACUGUAUCUUCAAAAUUUUUACUUUCGAUAAAUAAAUAAU